GAUUGGUUUUGGGAAGGGAACAGUUGAGCAGUCAUCGUUUUGUUUCCUAUUCCUUUGGCCACGUCCGUUGCUCUGCCACCAUGGCCGGUUUCGUGCCCCGCGCUUUCCCAUGCCUUUUACUGCUGUCCGUUUUUGACACGUCGGCGGACGGUCGCGGCGAUGUUGUCGAGCUCAGAGACGCAGACUUCGAGUACGCGGCGGCUGAGCAGGAGACCAUGCUGGUGAAGUUUUAUGCGCCUUGGUGUGGUCACUGUAAGAAACUUGCUCCUGAUUUUGAAACGGCUGCCAAACGGCUUAAAGGCAUAGUCACAUUAGCCAAGGUAGACUGCACUGCAAAUACAGAGAUUUGUGGACGGUACGGGGUCAGUGGAUAUCCUACGCUCAAAAUAUUUAAGAAUGGAGAGGAAUCAUCAGCUUAUGAUGGUCCACGUUCAGCAGAUGGAAUAGUGGACCACAUGAAGAAGCAUGCAGGACCUGACUCCGUGCCACUGACCACUGAGAAAGACCUGCAGGCCUUUAUCAACCACUCCGAUGCCAGUGUGGUUGGAGUCUUUGAGAGCAGUGAUAGCCCUCAGCUGGUGGAGUUUCUGAAAGGAGCCAGUUUGAUGAGGGACAGUUUCCGCUUUGCACACACCACAGACCUGCAGCUGGGACACAAAUACGACCUCAAAUCUGAGGGUGUCUUACUCUUCAGGCCCCCCAGGCUGGCCAGUAAGUUUGAGGAAAGUGUGGUGUCGCACCAAGGUCCCUUCUCCAUAACUGCACUCCGACGCUUCAUCAGAGAUCACAUUUAUGGAAUCUGCCCACAUCUGACCCGAGAGAAUAAGCAACAGCUGAGGAAGCGGGACCUUCUGACCGCAUAUUAUGACCUGGACUACCUGCACAACCCCAAACGCUCCAACUACUGGAGAAACAGGGUGAUGAAGGUGGCCUCACAGUACAGCUCUCGGGGGCUGCUCUUCUCUGUGGCUAAUCGGAAAGACUUUGCUGAAGAGCUCGAGGGUGACUAUGGCCUGGGGUCAGUGGAAGGAAGCGAAUUGCCAUUUGUCACCAUCAGGACUCGUGCAGGACACAAGUACACCAUGCGUGAGGAGUUCACGCGAGACGGGAAGUCUCUGGAGCGCUUCUUGGAGGACCACUUUGCAGAGAGACUGAAGCGGUACAUCAAAUCUGAGCCUGUACCCAUAAAAAACAACGGACCAGUCAAGGUGGUUGUAGCAGAUACAUUUGAGGAGCUCGUGAAUGAUCCAGAGAAGGACGUGCUGAUUGAGUUUUAUGCGCCAUGGUGUGGCCACUGCAAGAAACUGGAGCCCAAAUACACCAAGCUCGGAGAGGAGCUUUCCAGUGACCCCAACAUUGUUAUUGCCAAGAUGGAUGCCACAGCCAACGAUGUGCCGCAGGGCUAUGACGUACAAGGAUUUCCUACAAUAUACUUGGUCCCGGCUGGAAGGAAGGAUGAACCGAAACGAUACGAGGGGGUCCAUGAAGUGAAGGACUUCAUCAGCUUUUUGAAACGAGAAGCAACAAACUCACUCUUGGGAUUUAAGGAAGAAUUAUGAAAACAUUAGAAGUGGAGGGAGAUGUGCUGUAGUUCAUUGAAUGGGAUUCCUUUAUCAGAUUCUGCUGAAAUGUCACUGAGUCUCCAGAAACUGAGCCACACGCUUACAGAGAGGAAGGAGAGACACAUAUAGAAGAUAACGACAGGAAUCUGAGAAGCAGUGAUCAUUUGUCUUGUUUAUUUUGGCAUUUACAUAUACUAUUAAUGUUGUGUCAACAGUUCUCUCAAAAAGUGACCAUAACAACUUCUUAGUCACAGGGCAUAUCGCAGGGUGUGGGUUCAUAAAUGACCAGGGUCAGGUACUUAAAUAGAUAACUUUUUGUGUAGAUGUUAAUGAGGUUGUCAUAGAAGCCUAUUUUCCUAGCAGGCUGGGUGAACUUUGGAGAGCCCAGGAGCCUUUACACUGUAUGCUACUGGUCUAUUUGUGUCAUUCUCUUAAGUCAUUUUUCUGCUUGUGUGACACAUUUGUCAAUACUUCAAGCCAACACUGUCUCCAUUUCUCAGUACCACUUUAUAUCUCAAUAAAUUGAUCAUAUUAUUCACCCCUUACAACCUAAUUUGUUUUUCUGGCCGGUGCCUGGGUCGAUCAUUUUUUAAUUUUCUCUGAUUUUUUUAGCAAAUAAAAUAACAUCCUUGCCAACGUAAUGUUGCUUUUAAAAGUUCUGGGGACAAGAAUGCAGAUCGGACAUAGCAUUUAGUCAUAAAUUUCAAGACUACUUAAUUUUAAUGAAUCAAUCAGAAGUUGAUAACACCAAAAAAACCCAAAACUUUGUCAUUACCUCUGGCCAAAUGCAACAAUUAAAUCUAGUUUCUGGCCAUAUUCUAGUGCUAAUGAACUUGAGUUUAUGCAUUUUAUCCAAGAAAGAAGACAAUGCACAUAUUAUAGGAAAAGUUUAUUGUGAAUUCUGAACCCUGGUUCCUGAAUAGCUGUAAAUGAAAAAUACCAAAGAUCAACAAAAAACACAAAACCACUAAGAGAUAAUAUUUACCAAUGCAUUCUAAAGACUCCUCAGUCUCAUGCUUUUCUAUGUCAGAUGCCCAAUUAGGAGAGGCUAAAAGAUACUAAAAUAUUUUUCAAUCUGUGGUGAUCAUCUCUUCAAAGAGCUUACAUAAAUAAUAAGCAAACUGUGGAGGACCUUGGCAGGAACAAAAAAGUAUUUCUGAGGAGAAUAUCUGUGCAAUAUUGAGGUUUAAAAGAAACUUGCACUGGACUGAUGAGAGACUGCUGAAGAUGAACUGCUGAAAACAUUGGCUACUACUGUCAA